AAUCAGCUGAUCCUGAUUGACAUACAACAAACAGCUGACGUUUACAUUUAACUGUUUAUUAUUUUUGAAUAUUUUGUUGGUUGAACUCGAUCCAUUUUAUAAUUAUAGCAGUUGAAAUUUAAUUCGGUAAAAACCAUUAUGAGUUCACAAUAAAUUGUUCCAAUUCGCCAGUUUGACCUUCACGGUCAAGAAGAUCCGCAACAACAAAGAAAAAUUCAAAAAAAAAUUAUGAAAUAACAGUUGGAUAACCCACUUUGGCCUCAACUACGACAUUCCGCCAUGAACCUCCGCAGUACAUUGAGUGUUUUAUGUUUCACUUUAUGCUCGGUAAUAAUUACAGAGCAAUGCUCCAAAGGGUACCCUUUCGAGCAUUAUUUGGGAACUAGGACCCCAUAUAGGAUGGUUUCCAAUCACAGUUUGCACAAAGUGAAUUUCGAGGGUUGUACACCAAAGAAAAUCUGGAUGGUUGUGAGGCACGGCACAAGAAACCCCAGUGAUAAGAGAAUAGAGGCCAUGAACAUCAGACUACCCGAGAUUAAAGAGCUUAUUUUGAACAGUGACAGUCUGCCUAAUGAGUACAUAAAGCAUCGUGACUUGGACUUAUUCCGUAAAUGGAAAUCUACUUUGGAUAUCAGAGAUGAAAAUAAAUUAACCCACGAAGGUGAGGAGGAAAUGCUACUUUUAGCUGAAAGAAUGCAAAGCAGAUUACCAGAAAUUUUCGAUAAUGUUUACAGUAACACAUCCUAUAAGUUCAAAUACACUUAUUCACAAAGGACAAAAAAGAGCGCUUACUACUUUGCGGCUGGACUGUUUGGUAAAAAGACAGCCAAAGAUGUGUGGUUCCCUGAACCAAGUAAACGGGAUCCUAUUUUAAGGUUUUAUAAAUUAUGUGAUAAAUGGAAGAAGGAUGUGAAGGAAACUGUAAAAGAAAGUGGGGAACAUAGAAAGUUUGAAAAUACUGAACAUAUUCAGAAAGUGGUUGAUGAAGUAACUGAAAGACUAGGCCUCGAGAACAAACUAUCUGUAGACGACAUAUCAAUAAUGUACCAAACCUGCGGCUUCGAAACGGCCUGGAACAAAAAAAGCAAAUCUCCUUGGUGCUCCCCUUUUACCGAAGAUAACUUAAAGGUGUUGGAAUACAUGGAAGACCUAAGGUACUACUGGCAAGACGGCUACGGAUAUGAUCUCAGCUAUAAGCAAGCGUGUCCAGCUUUUGGAGACAUGAUUGCUCACUUUGACAAUAUCAGUGAUUAUCCAAAGGCCACUCUCUACUUUACUCAUUCAGGGACUCUAUUGAAAAUGUUGGCCCAUUUGGGGCUUUAUAAGGACGCAGAACCGUUAACGGCCGAUAAGUAUGACGCUAUGAGCGAGAGAAAGUGGAAAACUAGUUUGAUUGACUCGUUUGGGACCAAUCUUGCAUUUGUUUUAUAUGAUUGCGACACAACAAAAAAAGUCCUGACCCUCCACCAGGAAAAUAUCGUAAGGCUCCCUUGCUGUCCCGACCAAGAUCUAUGCGACUAUAAACAAAUAACCGACCACUACAACCGGAGCAUCCAAAGUUGCGAUUUUGUCGAAAUGUGCGACUCCUCCGCAACCGGAUCCGACAGCGAGUGACAAUAACAAUCUCAUCGUUUUAACGUUAAAAUAAUUCAUUGAUAAACUAACAUAUUUAUUCAAAUAACAGAGAAAAUAAAAUAAAAACUUUGUGAUAAUACUGA